CCCUCUAUUCACAGUAGGCCUAUAUUAAAUUUCAUUCAACCCCUCCAUUUUUUAUAUAUACAACACCCUAUCUUUUUUCUUUCCAUCUUUGUGUUCACUCAUUUCAUUUCAUUUUUUUUUUAUUUUAAAAAAGCUCACAAUGGGAGAGGAGGUGAAGAAGCCAGAAGAGGAGAAGAAGAAGGCGGAAGAGGAACAAAAACCGGCUGCCGGAGAUGAGAAAAAGGGAGAGGAGUCAAAAGAGGCGCCGCCACCUCCGCCGCCGAUGGAGGUUGUUUUGAGAGUUUUCAUGCAUUGUGAAGGUUGUGCUAGGAAAGUCCGGCGAUGUCUCAAAGGCUUUGAUGGUGUGGAAGAUGUUUCAACAGACUGUAAAACACAUAAGGUGGUGGUGAAGGGUGAUAAAGUGGAUCCAAUGAAGGUUCUUGAAAGAGUCCAAAAAAAGAGUCACCGGAAAGUUGAACUUCUGUCGCCGGUUCCAAAACCGCCGGCUGAGGAAGAGGCCAAGAAGCCGGAGAAAGAAGAACCACCUAAACCUGAAGAAAAGAAAGAUGAGCCGCCGCCGGUGAUUACAGUGGUUUUAAAAGUACACAUGCAUUGUGAAGCUUGUGCCCAAGAAAUUAGAAAACGGAUUCUUCGGAUGAAAGGGGUGGAAAGUGCGGUACCAGAUCUAAAGAGUUCUCAGGUGACAGUUAAAGGCACUUUCACAGCAACAGAGCUGUUGGAUUACAUUCACAAAAGAACCGGAAAACAGGCCAUCAUUGUUAAGCAAGACCCCGACCCGAAAAAGGAUGAGGAAAACAAUGGUAAAGACGAGAAAAAGGACGGUGAAAAGAAGGAAGAGAAAAAAGGCGACGAAGGUGGUGGUGAUGAUAAGCAAGAAAUGAUGCCGGAAGAUAUUUUGGCCGCAUUGGAGAUGAGAAAAAAUGAAUACAAUUAUUAUUAUCAACCUGCAAAUUACCAAAUGUACCCGCCAAGAUAUGCACCAGAAGCAGCAUCAUAUCAUCCAUACCCCCCAUUACCUCCACCACAAAUGUUUAGUGAUGAAAACCCCAAUGCCUGCAUUGUUAUGUAAAUACGAAAAUAAAGGGUAUGGUUUAAGAAUUAUUAAGAUUGGUUGGUGUUUGAGUUUUUGUAAUGGUCUCCACUACAUGUUUGUUGGACUUAUUGUAUGGAGUAUCAAAAGUCUGCGGAAAACAAAAGCUUUAGAA